UCUCAGCUCAAUUUUGGCCAAAUGAAAAAAGGAAACAACUUGUUGCUCUCGCGAUAGUGUUACGCUCGUACGGCCGCCAUAUUCUCGGGCAGUAUUUUGAUUCGUAUCUGCAGCAAAGAAAGCAAAAAGAGAGACGUGCAGCCUGGCGAAGGGAGGGGGGCUGUCAAAAAGCUUUUCAACACUGUGGUUCCGUGUGCGUCGGGCCGAAGAGAGCCUUCUCUCCCUGACGUUGUUCCGAGGACACACUAGGCCCGGGGCCUCGGUGUGACCGGAUCUUCGCCCCCCUACAGCAGCGGGAGGACUCUCGGCUCUUCGUCCCGAGCUCGACUGCGGGCUGAGCGCUGGGAGCUCUAGCGGGAGUGACGGCGGCCCGGGGAGCGGUGGCUGGCAGCGGACACUGAAAAUGCAUCAGAGAUGAAGCCUCUACUCGCCAAACAUAUGCUCUUCUGACGUGGCGUGGCUAUAUACGAAUGGCCCAGGGAAGCCAUCAGAUUGAUAUUCAGGUUUUACAUGACCUGCGCCAAAAGUUUCCAGAAGUUCCGGAGGGUGUGGUCUCAAAGUGUGUUCUGCAGAACAACAAUAACGUGGACGCAUGUUAUGCUUACCUGUCCCAAGUGAGUCCAGGAAGCCAGGACAGUGCUUCUGAAGAGUCCUCCUUCACACGUUUCCAAAAUCACAUGACCCAGCUGAAUCUGGGUGUGCAGUGUCAGAAUAUACCGGAUGGCUUGAGGAUGAAUGGUAGCCGGACACUGGCCCACAGCCUGAGUGACGGGCCCUUCCAGGCUGCACUGGCCCCCGACAGCCAGUCUUUUGAGCAGAAUUCUCAGUCUGCUUUGCCACAGGCCCCUUCCAACCUCACUGUGUUUGGUGUAAUGGAACCACCCCGAAAACCGCAGCCACCCCAGCACUUGGGACUUUACCCCAUGGGAGUUAAAGGAACUCCUCGCUUCAAUCCCAUUACAGUAACAUUGGCACCCAACAUUCAGAGUGGCCGCAACACACCCACAUCUUUGCACAUUCAUGGGGGUCCACAGGCUGGGCUUGGCAGUCCCCAGGGCAACUCCAUCUACAUUCGACCAUACAUGAGUCAGUCAGGGGGCAUUCGGGCAGUUCAGCCAAGCGGACGGGCUCAAUACAGCCCAACCUCCCAGGCCCCUCAGCAGAUGCCUCCCUUACCCAGGGCAACUACUCAGAGCUCACAGGGUCAUCAGACUUCACAUGUCUACAUGCCCAUAAGCUCACCCACCACCCCUCAGGCCCCCUCCAUGGGGCAAUUUGGGAGCCAGGGCUCCUCAUCAGGUGUGUCAUCGUGCUCCUCUUCCUCUUCUGUGCCUGUCAGUCAGUAUAAUAUCCAGAACAUCUCUACAGGGCCCCGCAAAAAUCAGAUUGAGAUUAAGCUAGAGUCUCCCCAGAGGACCAGCUCUUCCAGCACGGCUGUGCUCAGGACAUCCUGCCCCACUUCCACAUCUGCUCCAUCUGCGCCUUUGAGCAUGGGCAACCGAGGCCAGCCCACCCUCUGCAUCUCUGCUAGCCCCCCCACUGCAAUUGGGGUCCCUGCAACCAUUGGGGCUGCUCAGGGCCCCUGCAACUCACGCUCCCAACCUCGCUUUUGUAUCUCGGCCAAUGCUACAGGAGAAAGUGGAGGUCUAAGUGGUGCUCCCACUGUCUGCAUAUCUGCCGGCCCUCCUCUUCAAGGGCCUUCAAGCAACAGGAAUAUGGGUGGGCAGGUUAGCAUGGGCCCGUCAUACAUUCACCAUCACCCACCCAAAUGCCGCAGCUCUGUAGGAGGAGGCACUGCUUCAUCUCCUCGUGUGGUGGUUACCCAGCCUAACACAAAGUACACUUUUAAGAUUACAGUGUCCCCUAACAAGCCCCCAGCUGUUUCUCCUGGAGUAGUGUCUCCCACCUUUGAACCCAACAACCUUCUCAGCCUUCCAGCAGACCACCAUUUUGCUGAGCCAGAACCUCUUCAUCUGUCAGACCCCCUUUCCCUGCAACAUGAGAGGCAAAACGAGCCUCGAAGGCUCAGCAUGGGCUCGGAUGAUGCAGCAUAUACUCAAGCUUUGUUGGUCCACCAGAAAGCCCGUAUGGAUCGAUUGUGGCACGAGCUUGAGAUGAAGAAGAAAAAACUGGAGAAACUAAAAGAGGAAGUGAAUGAAAUGGAGAAUGACCUCACCAGAAGACGACUUGAGCGCUCCAACUCGGCCUCCCAGAUUCCCUCGAUUGAGGAAAUGAAGCAGUUAAGAUGCAAAAACAGGCUACUGCAAAUUGAUAUUGACUGUCUCACCAAAGAAAUUGACUUACUUCAAACAAAAGGGCCUCACUUCAAUCCCAGUGCAAUCCAUAAUUUCUAUGACAACCUUGGAUUUGUGGGACCUGUUCCACCCAAACCGAAAGGUACUUUUACUGAGGGCGGUAUGAGUCUGAAAGCCCCCCCUGAGGAGGACGAGGCUCAGUGGAGCUGUACAGCCUGCACCUUCCUCAAUCACCCAGCCCUGGAUCGCUGCGAACAGUGCGAAUACCCACGCCACUUCUGAGCCAGACACCUUUCCCUUCUGUCCUCCAGUGGAGUCCUGGGCCUGAGAUGCUGACAAUACCUCGCUGCUCAUUUUUCAGUGUUAAAUAAUUGACUGUGCCAAUGUUUUGUUUCGUUUUUUACUGAGCUGACGUGCCUUGGGAAUGGAGCAGUCUGCAUUGAAGAGAAACCUCUCUGAAUGGACAUCAUGUUGUUUGUUGUUUUUGCAGGAUGCCUGAAGCCAUGUGUUACAGAAACUUUUUGCAUGCUUUGUUACAGCACAGAGGCGGAAACUCAGCUUUUGACUGUACAUAUUUUAGAUUGUACCUUUUUCUCACACUAUGAAAUUCUUGUAUUUUCUGUAAGUAUAGUAGCUUUAAGCCCUAAUUAACUUUCAACUUCCCUUUCAAACAAAUAAUGUUCCUUUUGUAGCUUUAGAUUUCUGCAAGCCUUAAGACUCUAUGAAGCUUUAUGCCUCAUGUAGAGUCCUGUGAAGGGAGGGCCAUUGCUGCUGUUUUAAAUGCCUCGUUUUCAAUGACAACUGGAAUGUAGGCGUCAUGCUGGGGACAACUCCACCACAGCGCACACUCUAGUGUUUAUAGCAGGGUGCCACCUCACUACGAUGUCUCCUGGAAAGGUUUAGCACAGGGGUGUCCAAACUAUGGCUGGGGUCAAAUGCAGCCCUCAGUCCAUUUCUUCCUGCCCCAGUAGCUUCCUCCAUAUUGGCCUACAUUGCCGUAGGUAGUACAUUAUACUAAAAACUAUAUUCUGUGAUCUGACAUCAGUAACAAACAUGAUUUGUCUACAGACUUAAUAUUAAGGUUACAAGCCUAAAUAAAAGGUGUGAUAAGUUAAAAAAUGUUGACCUCUAUAACAAAGAGUCAGAUGGGCUGUUGCAAUAAGCCCAGAUAUGUUUGGACACCCAUGGUCUAGUGCCUAAAUGCAAUGAUCAGACACCAAAGAUAUUCAGUGUUUUUAAUGUCUUCAUUACAGGACCUAAUGACAGGCCAUCUGGAGAUAUUUACAAUGAAAAGAAAAUAAUAGUGUAGAUCUAGCCCAAAAUCCUGGAGAAACAUUGACCCCCACCCCCCAUCCCAAGGUUUACUCACUGCCAGAGCCUUAAAUGUUCUUUUUAACUUGUUUAACCAAUACUGUUUAAGUGCCAUAGCUUUAAGUGGAAGAUGAAACAUCUCUGAAGCACUUAGCAAAAGUAUUUUUUCCGAAUUAGUUAAGACCAGUUUUAGCUAAACCUGUAGCUUGGUGUGAAGAGGCAGUUUAUUAUUGUUUAAACAAAUUUUAAAAUAAUAAUUUGGAUAUGUGUUUUUGUUUUAGUUGGGAAGACAGACUUUGUAACAGAUAAGUUAUUUGUAAAAAUAAAAAAGGCUAUUUUGACCUGUCAUUUUAUAUACA